AUGGACACUCUGAGUAGCAUUAUCGAGGAUUUCAGGUUAGGCCACGGUUUACUGUUUGAUCAAUACGGCGUGCGUCCUGCGCAUAAGUGUGCACUUCAAGUAAAUUGGUCCAUCAAAGAAUCUCCAAAGACAAGACCCUUUGUUCAGCUUGUAAACAUUCACAAAAUACAAGACACCUAUAUAUACGCAAACAGCCUCGCACUUGAUAAAGAGGGCUCUCUCUUUAGUCCUCCGAAACCAAUUUCUUGUUUUAAAGAAAACAACCCUUUGUAUGAUGAGACGCCCGAUAGGGCAGUCAUUUUCCGAAUAAACAAAGAAUUAUGGAACUUCAAUCUUACAAGAGAAGAUCUUAAACCAACCGAUGAAUUCGUUGAAGCCAUUGAGAAAGCGAUUAAGCAUGAUCAACCGCAAAGAGCAUUGAAUAAUGUAUUCUCUGAGUACGGAUAUUGGAUGAAUCGCAAAAUUAAAGUGGGCAACAGGUUGCAACGCUUUACUCAAUUUCAGACUUCCACACUCAAAAACGAAGACGAUUACAAAGAUGUUGAAUUAUUUCAAACAGAAUGGAUAGGUGUUGAGAGCUUGGAUUGUGAAAAUGGUCUAUAUGAUGGAAUUUACGCCGAAUGGUCAAAGAGAAUACAUCCUUUCAAGAGCAACUACUUACGUUCUGUUGACAGUUCCCUAAUAAAAGUCGAGAAAAUAGGCGAAUGGUUAGAAAAAAAUCAGAGAGAAUCUAGCCAAUGGACUAUAAUUGAAAGAGCUAGCUUUCUCCCAACUUAUAAAUUGCUAGAUGAAUCUCUAAUUGCCAAAAUUGAAAUGUUAUUCAGUGACAAGAUGGAAAUAUUGAUUACUGGAGAAUCACUGAUAGAUUGUCAUUGUGCUGAUCUUUGCCAAGUCAAGUUCAUUCAACCCUUGCUGAGUGAUGAAUAUACAGUUGAUGGGGAAGUCUACUGCAAAGGUGAAAGAAUCAAUGUAGCUGUAACACAAUAUUUUGCCAGUAUUUAUGGAUUUUCUCUCGAAAUUGAAUGGCAUAAAUUUCCGGAAAGAAUUGAAGAUAUUCGUGUCAAAUGGAAGAUGUCAG